CAUAGUUCGAUGUGAUUGGUUAUUUCGGUGACGAGCGUGUGAUGUCACUAGGAAGCGCCGAACUCCAGUUUCCAAAGUUUUAUGUGGAGCUAUGGAUAGCUGAUGGACAAAAGUGAGUUUGUGUCUUAUUAACCGCCUAGAUAACAGAUGGAUGAUAUCAACGUACUACAUCACAGGUGCCUCCUGAAUCUGAGGCGUCGAAUCAGAGAUAUUGGAGAUGGACGUCCUGCGCAGGAGCGAUAUAUGAGGUUGCAGAAAGAUGGAGACAUACUCAGUUACCAAGGGAACUCUGAAGAGGUGGGUUGCUAUGUGGCUGGCCAUCCUUUAUCAAAAGGAAAUUGCUACUUUGAGGUGACAAUAGUGGACACAGGGGUGAGGGGCACCAUUGCUGUGGGCCUCGUGCCUAAAUUCUAUAGGCUGGACCACCAGCCUGGCUGGCUGCCAUACUCUGUAGCUUACCACGCUGACAACGGCAAGCUCUACAAUGGCAAUCCUGUGGGACAACAGUUUGGGCCAAAGUGUGCUCGGGGUGACCGCAUUGGCUGUGGGAUACACUCUGAAAAUAUCGAAGCAGGUUUUACAACGGUCUUUUUCACCAAAAAUGGCAAAGAGGUUGGUUCUGUGGAGGUUCCUGUGUCUGCAGAGGGACUGUUCCCAGCUGUAGGGAUGCACUCCAUGGGGGAGGAGGUGAAGGUUGACUUGCAGGCUGAGUGGCUCCUGGACGAAGAUGACAGUAUGAUGAUGGUGGACAGCCACGAAGAUGAAUGGGGGCGGCUUUACGACAUCAGGGUGAGCGGCACGCUCUUGGAGUAUGUUGGAAAAGGAAAGAGCAUCAUGGACGUGGGUUUGGCCCAGGCCCGCCAGCCACUCACCACCCGCUGCCACUACUAUGAACUGGAGAUCGUCGAUGCUGGGGAGAAGUGCUACAUUGCCCUGGGACUGGCAAGAAGGGACUACCCCAGGAACAGGCACCCAGGAUGGAGCAGAGGGUCAGUGGCGUACCAUGCAGAUGACGGCAAGCUCUUUCACGGCAGCGGGGUUGGAGACGCUUUUGGUCCUCGCUGCUUCAAAGGUGACAUCAUGGGCUGCGGCAUCAUGUUCCCACGAGACUACAUCCUGGACGGAGAAGGUGACAUGGACGACUGGGAUCGGCUGGAGGUCCAUUCGGGUCACGCAGGCAUCCAGAACAUUCUGUACCUCAAUGAGGAAGAGGAGGAAGAGGAGGAUGGGGAAGAAGUAGAGCAGGGACAAGAGGGCAGGAAGGUCACGGUGUUCUUCACGAGGAACGGGAAGCUGAUGGGCCGGAGAGAGAUGGUGGUCCCGCCUGGAGGCCUCUACCCCACCGUGGGGAUGCUGAGCAGCGGAGAGAAGGUGAAGGUGGAUCUGCACCCCCUCAGUGGAUGAGCUGCGAGCGUGGACUGUGACGCCCUGCAGACUGCUGGCUGCGCUGUAGAGCUCACCCACGGUAGCCUAGCAUGCAGCUAACAGUCGCCAGAACACAUUCAGCUCAGCCGCACACAUGCACGCCGUCUUCCUCGACACUGCCUCGGCUUUAAUUUAUAAGACUUGUGCAUUUUAUCACAGAGUCACAGCCAGAUUGUCGUCCUGGUUGUGCACAGUAGCAGAGAGACAGAGAGGAUCCUACGUGGGCUGUGUGGGCCACAGCAUGCAAAGUGCAGGAGUAGACCGCCGCACCUCGAGGCUAAAAUGAUAUUUAACUGUUAAUUCUAUGCAAUCUGUACUGCUAUCAUCGUCACGUCUAACCUCCUCCUGCAUGCAGCGUCUCUCUGGAACUCUGAGCCGUCAGAUCCCUCUCAACAGGGCUGGCACACUUUGUUAAUUUCAUUUGUCACGACCCCAAGCAAAGCAGAGCGAGGCCAGCUGAGUUGGUUGGCGGUUUAUGUUUCAGGGAAAACACCCUCACUCACCCUCGCCUCUCUCGUUUCCUCUCGUCCUCCCUCUCCCUGUCCUCUCUCUGGGCGAAGCUGCCCUCCUGUGAGCGAUCGGGGACUUGCUGUUGCCCCACCUCACUCGCUGCUCUCACACAGCUGGCUGGAAGUGAUCAGUGGAUCUGUUUCACUAUUCCAGAAAUGCAUCAUUUUGUAUGAUGUUAUUUUACAGGUUUGGUAAUCACAGCCUCACAUCAGAUCAGAUAUUUCCUAAAGAGUGGAUGAAUAUAUUUCCUGAGUGUUUUGUAGUUUGAUGUUGGAGCCAGCCCACAGAUGAAAUAUGUACGCCGUAUUUUCUACACGGGAUCUGGUAAACACGCAUUUAAAUUUAUCUUCAGGGAAUGAUUCGUUUUUGCACUUUGAGAACGUGAGAUGGUCCCGUGAAAGGCCGGCUGGGAGACUUUCAGGGCAAACAUGAGUACAGCAGGCGGACAAAAUCAAAGAGACACUUUCUGGUUUAAUGCAGUCUGAUGCAAGGUUAUGAUAGAUAACUGAAACGAAAUGAAAAAUUACAACUAACACUGGUUUAAAAGUGUGUGACAUUAAGAUUUCUAUAUAUAUAUAUAUAAAAAGACUCAACUAAUUGAAAUAUAUUGAUUAUAAUAACAUCUGGACUGAAAGUUUUACUCAGCCAACAUCACAGCGAAGCAUCGGCUGCUUCGUACUGUGUUUUAGUACUUUGUUCUCGCUGUGCAUGUUUGCCCUCAAUAUGAAGGAUUAUUUCUCUUCCUAAUUUUCUUUUCCCUCACUUUUAAACCAGAAAGUUAAAACGAGCCAAAAGUCAAAAGAGACAAAAAAACCCCAAACCUCCUUUUGUGGUCAGAAGAAAAGUUCUGCUCUGCGACGCCAUAUGUGAUGUAGAUUUAACCGCUGGAUGCUUUGUGAGGAUGAAAACAGUGAUGUGUGUGUGGUUGCUGCGUGUGCUGCGUGUUUAGAAAACGCUGAGUGAUGUGUUUGUGUGUGUGCACAGCAGCAUCAGAGGCCUGCAGCACAAAGGCCACUGGCCAAUCAGAUCACUGGAAACCCUGAGUCAUCCAUCAUUUGUCAGGGUUUUACUCGUUUUUAGAGACCCCCGUGGGUUGUUUACUUUGUUGAUGAUGUCACAGUUGGUUGUUUGGUCUUGAAAGUCAGAAAAUUGUGAAAAACAGCUGUUAAAUGUCUUCAGGUUGUCUCUUUUGUCCAAUCAACAGUCCGCAACAGAAAGCUAACAGCAAAUCAUCACAACUCAGAAAGUGGAAUUUGAGAAUUUGCUUAGAAGGAUAAAUUGAUUCGUUAAUAGUUGACCGUCUGUUUCUCUCUUUCAGCUCUCCGUGAUGUUUGAAUUGUUUCUGCCUUUUGAUUUGUGCACCUCGUAAGCAACCUCAGUAAAUCAUAAACGGCAACAUUUCGAUCAGAUGAACAUCACCAGCUGACCACAGGCUUGGUGCUUCCUGGUCCGCUUGUCCACUUGUUUAAGCUCAGUUUAAGAGACGCGACUGUAACUGUGUACAUUUACUCCGGUUGUGUACUGAAGUACCCUUUUAUUGUUCAAGUGGAUUCAUUGAUUGACAGAGGAUUAACUGGAAACUGUUGUGAUUAUCCUGUGACUCGUUUUGUUUUUGCUGACUUGAGCUGAAUGUUGAGCUUUGGGCUUUUGGUUGGACAAAACAAACUUUGGGCUCUGGUUAUUUGUGACGGCGUUUCUCACUGUUUUCAAAAUCUUUACAGAUCAAACAAUCGAUUGAUUGAUGGAGAAAUCGAUCAGCGGAGAAUAAUCCAGAAAAUAAUCAAAAGGUGCAUAUCAAAUAUUUCAGAAAAAGCUCAACCAACUCCAACAUUAAACUCCUGCUUCUACGUGAAUGCAGGAGUCAGAAUCGUGUUGAUCAGAGGUCAGAUGUAGUACAGUCACAGUAGACAUUUUUCUGCGUUUACGUCUUUUAUUUUUCUGAUUUUACUCGUAUAAGGAAGCGAAGGAUCCGGAUCCUCUGAAGACUCAGUGAAGUCCGCUGACCCAAACAGACCGUGUCGAUGUUUGUCGCCUCGUGUCGGUGGGAGCUGGUUCCCACACAGACCGUUCACAGUGAUGAUUAUUUUUCUUCUUCUUCUUCUGUUUGUCUAAAGGGAAUGCUGAUAUCUGCGUUGUUAUACCGUAUCAGUUGAAUCGGUUAAACAACGAUCAUCGAGUUCCCACAUCUGUACGACUCCAUUCCAACAUGAGCAGCCCUGUGAGGUCCUAUCAGGUGCACACUUCAGCUUUCUGUAAGAUGAACCGCGUCGCUCAUGCGUCAACUGAAUUUACACGUUUGGGUGAACUGGUCCUUUAAAUCACAUAUCCGCUGGAGAUUUUUAGCUGUCGCUCGUGCGUUUGUUUCAGAGACAGUGAAGGUGGCCUGAGCAGGUCUGCAGGACGUGUGAAAAUCUGUGAAUCUGUCGUGUCUUUCUUCUCCUGCAGGGCUGGAUAGAGACUUAAGUUCAGGUUGUUAGAGCCUGGACUGUAAAAACUGAUGCUAGACAGUGCAAAGAUGCUAACGAGACACUGAUGUGGACAUUCGGGCCACGUCUUAAGUUCAGGGUAUUAAAGUCACUUACAUUGAAGUUUACACCACGUUUCACAGUUCAACCAAAUUAGAGCUAAAUGUGAUUUAAAAUGUUUGUAGAGACUUUCCUCACCAGGGACUCCUGUAAUUAUUCCUCACCUUGUUGACUUGCACUAUAACGGCCUUGUUCAGUUCAUGUAUGAUCAUAAAUAAAAGUUUCAGUAAUUUAA